GAAGAGAGCUGAAUACCCGGAUGAUAUGGCCAAUUCUGAUUGGUCCAAAUGACCUGCUUGUGACUUUAAAACAUUGUUUAUAGUUUAUAACGUUUGAUUAUAGAGUAUGUUUAAUUUUGUGUGUGUGUGUGUGAGUGUGUGAGUGUGUGUGUGUGUGUGUGAGAGAGAGAGAGAGAGAGAGAGUCGCCGCCGCCCGGGCAGCGGGAGGAAAGGAAUCGUCCGGGAAAAAAAAAAAACCCACCAGCAACAACAUGGAACUGACGGCAAUCGGAGACCGAGUUUUUGCCGCUGAAGCCAUCCUGAAACGCCGCGUGCGAAAGGGCAACAUCGAGUAUCUGGUGAAGUGGAAAGGAUGGGCACUGAAGCACAGCACAUGGGAACCCGAGGAGAACAUUCUGGACGAUCGUCUCAUCACUGCGUUCGAGCAGAAGGAACGAGAGCAAGAGCUUUAUGGCCCAAAGAAGCGGGGACCUAAACCAAAAAACUUCAUGCUCAAGGCACGUGCUCAAGCUGGCGAGAUGUCGUCCCGUCCGUCCAGUACCCGUCUUGCCCCUCCAUGCCCUCCCUCAUCGUCGGCACUUCCUUCUAACCCUUCGUCUUCGUCAUCGUUGGCACCGACGCCCAGGUUGCACUCUCUGGCUGCCUCACAUAAGCUCAAGAAAGAUAUUCAUCGCUGCCACCGCAUGUCCCGAAGACCUCUGCCCCGGCCUGACCCUUUAGCAAACCCAGACGGCUCCUCCUUAGUUUCCCGCCUGCCAAUCUCUCCGUUUUCUGAGACCGUGCGCAUUUUGAACCGCAGGGUCAAACCACGUGAAGUCAAGCGUGGACGCAUCAUUCUCAACUUAAAACUUAUUGAUAAAUACGGCGCUGGGGCAACAAAAGGACACCAAGGAAGGCCGCAGAUACCAUCUCGGAAUCGCAUCAUUGGAAAAAGGCAAGGAGACAUGCCAUACAAGCCGUUUCAACCACCCAUGAAGAUGCCCGGGUUUCCUAUGUACGGCCAGCCAUUUGGGCUCCAGCCAUGCCCUCCUGCUUCGGCCUCAACGGGUACAAGAGCAGGGUCUGCUGUUGGAGGUAAAGCCAGAGCUCAUUCUUCAGCAGAUUCUUCCAGGGUUCGGAUCCAGUCUCCUCCUUCUCCAGCCAGCUCUAGCAGCACUGAAAGUGAUACUGCUUCACCCCAAGUUCAGUCUCGUAGACAAGCCCAGCUAGAUGCAACCUCAGCUGUGGCAAUGAGCACAGAAACCUCAUCCCAAGCUCAUAAUAAAUCAGGAACCAAUUCUGGAUCUUCAGCACCCUCCACUCCACCCCUGUCUUCUUCUUCUUCUUCUUCUUCUUCUUCUUCUUCCCCAUUAUCAUUGUCACCAGAAGAUAAUAAAAGAAGGGCACAGAUUCUACCCUGUGUGGCCAGAGGCAGGAAAAGAAAACCACGUCGUAAGUUACAGGCAUCCGUUCCCUCGAGUGAUGGCACUGAGAAGACGGUGCCUAAACAAGGUGAUCCCAACUGCCAUUCUAAGCGGACACCCAGUGGUGCCAAUGUUAGCGAUGUUCAUUAAGGAGCGCUGCCAGUCUAGAGCAGCUUCCAGUCCCCCAUCAUCCCACGCUGAGAACGCCAAAGCUUCCAACCCUAUCUUCUCCGGUUACUACCAACAGUGUCAGAUUCACCCCUAAACUCCCCAAAAGAACUUACCAUUAGAAUAUUCACAAAAAGCAACGUUGUCAUCAAUGAAAUUUUAAACAUAUUUUUUAAAGAAAUGAAGUUCUCUCUAUAUACGGACUGGCAGAGGGUUCAUGCUCUGCUUUGCUCUGGUGUAAUUCCUUUCAACUGCACAUUGACCCGAGAGAUUCCGUUCCGUUGGUGACUCUGUACUUCAGUGACCAUGAGGAACUCUGGCACUGCAAGAUGAACAAAGUGCCAUAUUGUAGUAAUAUUGCUUUAUAUUGUAGUUCCAAAAAAGCCUUGCAAUAUAUUCAAUAAUAAUAAUAAUAGAAUUGAUCAGUGAAUUCCUGACAUGACUGUGGCCACCUGCACCGUUUGAGGGCUUACGUGCAUAUCGCAGCCUUCUGCAAUACGUCAGUACCACAAUUGACCACAUAUAUAUAUAUACAUAUAUAUAUGCAUAUAUUUGCGAAAGCAGUUAACAAGAUUUACACGUUACAUUUUACCCUAGAACUGUGCCUGCUUUUGGUGCCGUCAGUAGACACCUUAGCACGAGAAGUGAGUGUGAGUAAGUUCUGCUUUUGUUGUCGUUUGUAUAAGAAUGCAGUGUGUAUUGUAACCAGUCCAUCCUUCUUCACCGUAGAUCCCAACACAGACCAUUUAUUUGCACACAAUCCAAAACCCUUUCGGGUUCUGACCCCGUGCUCUACCCGUACCGAAAGAUACGUCCACCAAGACUCUAAACUGCCUGUGUUUUCACAAAUACACCAAGGACUGCAUCUCAAGAUUGCUACUGUACAUCAUUUCUCUUCCCUGUUUUUAGUCACAUACUAUAUAUCUUCUGGACUUGUUUGUAUUUGGUGUGAUUGGUGUUUUAUGGGCUUUCUACAGACGUUGGACAGGUUUGAGAACUGUGAAGCAGUGACUUUGACUAGAUUCUACAAAUAUAAUAUAUAGCCUUGAUUGAUGAAGUCUUCAUGGACAACUGAUGCUAUUUGGAAGCAUUUCAUAAUAUUUUUUAUUAGCACCAAAUGUCACUUCUCCAGCAAUCGAGCAUUUGGUCAGAUUAGGUGCUAAUGUUGACAGAUCAGACCUGGGAUAAAAAACAGUCUAACUUUUUUCUUUUCUUCUGAGCUUCCUGCAAAAGGGCUCAUGCGAAUGUGAACGGUGGUUUUGUUGGUUUUCGGGUUUCACACGCCCCGUCAGUUGUAUCCAUCUUCAGGUUAAAUUCAGAGCAAAACCAGAUUUUUGGAUCUGAACCUGAUUCUACAAAAUCACCUCAGUGUAUUUAUCUCUGCUUAACAGAAAACAGAAGUGAAGUUUUGUAACGAAUAGGAUCAUGUUGGCGUCACAGAGUUCAUAUGGCAGCUAACAUGUCUAACUGUGGUGAAGAAUAAUGCAAUGUGAGAAGGCUUAUUUAUUUAUAGGACUCCUUUGAUGAAGCAUAGCCACUGAUUCGCUCUAAUAAUCCUGCACAAAUAGUAAUUAAUGUGCCUUUGAGAACUUUGGGACAGGGGGAUAUUGGGAAAUGUGGUUUGUUGGGGGCUUGGUGUAGAUAUGGAUUUACAUGUUGUUGUUGUUGUUGUUGUUGUUUUUUUUUUUUUGUCCUAAUCUAUAUUUAUAGUUUAUAGUUGUUUUUUGUUUUUUUUGAGGCAACAUAUCUACAAAUUGGUAGCAGCCCAGCGAAUUGUACCACAGGCAUUUUUACUUGUAUUGUAGGCAUUUGCCUGUACCUGACCAAUCAGCUGUAUUUCUGCUGUUUGGGGAAAAUAAUAAAUACAUUUUAUUAUUAUUUUUUGGUGGAAAGUUAAGUGGUUUAAAUAACUUUCAUCACUGGUAUGUUAAUUUGGUGACUUAUUUUUAACAACUCCCUGCUAGCUAAACUAUCUAGCUAGUCAACAUGUUAAUCUUGAUUCAUUUAAAUUAAUAACAAAAACUAAUAAUAAUUUUAAUUGAUCCAUUGCAAUUUCAUUUCUAAGUUCUUAAACGUUCAGACAUCUUCACUGAUACAAGAUGACCAUUAGUACAGUUAGUGAAAGGUGUUGCUAACAAAGUUGCCUCAAAAAAUCGAUCACGUAUCUUUAUGUUUACGAUAUUUUGUUGUGCUGUUUCUAAUAAAUGUAUUUUAAAGCUCCAAAAAAAAAAGAGUGCAGUUUAUCCCAGGUCUGGGAGAGAUUAACUCCGUGACCCACUCCUUCCUCCGGUGCUGGUGCCCCCACAGAGCACCUCUUGUGGUAACAUUAUAGGACGCAUGAGUCUCCUUUGGCCGUUUAACCUAGGAAGUGCUCCAAAGUACCAAAAGUCGAGUCUUUGUUUACCUUGUGUACUGUGUGCUAGAGAAUAGCCGUAGGAACUGCUGAGGUGGUUCGUCAUUACUCGAAGUUAACCAGUGGCCUAUGUUUUAUAUUUAAUAGGGCUCGUAAAAGGCUUUCGGACAAUAGCGUCUCCUAAUAAGACCCGGCACUUUCAGAGAGGUGUAAAUGAUCCGGAGGGCUUUUUUUUUUAUUUCUGUACUGUAGGAGUGACGUAUUGAGUGCCACAUUUCUUUUAUAGCCAUCCUUGUUCUAUUUGCGUAGUUUUGAGUUGAAGCGAAUGACAAACCCAGAUGGCAAGCUAAGUGUGAUCUAUGAAACAUGUCUUUUAAUGUUUUAUGUAUUGAUAUAAGUUGAUGACCAUAUUAAUGAUGACAAUGACGAUAAUAUUGUAAUGUAUCUGAUGCAUGCACUGCAAAAGCCUAAUUGUACAGGUCAUUUAAGUGUCAAUUAUUGGUGUUGCUUUGUGUGUAUCUCUUGUAAGAUGCUUUUAUUAAAAUUCACCACAAAGACA